UUCUUUCUCACACACACAUUCACAAGAAUCUUUCAAACACCACACCUCGAUCAGUCCAAUAAUCAACAACAGUAAAUUAUAUAAAAUGUUUGCAAAAAAACUGAUCCAAAAAGCUACCAAACUUCACAACCAGCAAAUUGUAAAGGGCUGCCUCACUCCACAAGAUCUGGAUUUCCGGAUAUCAGUUCAUUAUGGUAUCCCAACUACAGCGUCAAUUCUUGCCUUUGAUCCCAUUCAGCGUGUAUUGGCCGUUGGUACAUUAGAUGGCAGGAUAAAAGUUAUCGGGGGUGAUAACAUUGAGGGACUCCUAAUUUCUCCAAAGCAGUUACCUUUCAAGUAUUUGGAGUUUCUAUCCAACAAAGGUUUUCUAGUCAGCAUCUCGAACGACAAUGACAUACAGGUGUGGAAUCUGGAAAAUAGAUCGUUAGCUUCUAAUUUGCAAUGGAGUUCCAACAUUACAAGUUUCUCUGUGAUAUAUGGCUCCUUCUUCAUGUAUGUUGGAGAUGAGCAUGGGGUGAUCUCUGUAUUGAAGCAUGAGGAAGAUAUAGCGCUUUUGGUUCUGCCAUAUCAUAUUUCAGCCAAAUCUCUUAGUGAAGCAGCAGGAUCAUCCUUUCCAGAUAAUCAAACUGUUGUUGGAGUUAUACAUCAACCUUUAUCCUCUGGGAAUAGAGUUUUGAUUGCGUAUGAGAGUGGAUUGAUUAUUCUUUGGGAUAUUCUAGAAGCUCAAGUGGUUGUAGUUAGAGGUGACAAGGUUCUUGAACUGAAGGAGGGAGUUGUUGAUGCUUCGGAUGAACCUGAACACAAUUUGGAGGAAAAAGAGAUAACUGCUCUUUGUUGGGCAUCUUCUAAUGGGGCUGUUCUUGCUGUUGGAUACAUAGAUGGAGAUAUUAUGUUUUGGAAAACAUCCACUACUGCCUCUAGUAAAGGCCGAAAAGCCGGAGCAUCAAGCAAUAAUGUUGUGAGACUACAGUUGUCAUCUGCUGCAAGGAAACUCCCUGUCAUUGUCUUGCACUGGUCUGCAAAUAGUGCAUCCCAAAAUGAUUGUGAUGGCCAACUGUUUGUAUAUGGAGGUGAUGAAAUAGGGUCUGAGGAAAUUUUGACGGUUCUGAGUCUUGAAUGGAGCCCUGGGAUGGAAACUUUAAGAUGCGUUGGUCGUGCAGAGCUCACUCUAAAUGGCUCCUUUGCUGAUAUGAGUUUAUUACCAAGUACAAUAAACAAUCAUGGUGCUGAUUUAUUAGUACUCACGAGCCCUGGACAUCUGCAAUUAUUCAGUCAUGAUAGUUUGUCUGCCUUGAUUUUGGAACACGAGAAAAGAAUUACUCUCUCUUCUGUAGAAUGUCCUGUUGUCAUACCUACACUUCAACCGGUCCUGAAUGCGGCAAAACUGAUCUCACUAGUUGGCAGUGAAAACACUUCAAAGUUUCUUUUGGGGAUAGCCACAAACAUGAAGUUUAAUUCAACAAAAAAAUCUGCCAGGGGAAAUUGGCCUGUUUCAGGAGGCAUAGUACAACAGCUGUCUUCUCCUGAAGGGUAUGUAAUAGAGCGAAUUUACGUUGCUGGUUACAUGGAUGGGUCUGUUCGAAUCUGGGAUGCCACCUCUCCUGUCUUGUCAAUUCUUUGCGUUAUAGGCGAGAUGAAAGAUGUGGAAAUGGUUGGUUCAACUGCUCCAGUUUCAGAUAUGAACUUCUGCUCUUUGACUUCAGGAUUAGCAGUUGGCAAUCAACGUGGUUUGAUUCGAGUAUAUAACCUUAGUUCCAGCUCCAGAGAGACAAUCCUUCACAUGGUCACCAGAAACAAACAAGAAGCUCACAUACAACCUCAAGAUGGAGGGCCCAAGUGUUGUGCAUGUUUCCACCUUAUUGAUUCCCCUGUUCAAGCACUUCAAUUUAUAGACCAUGGAGCUAAACUAGCUGCUGCACAUGAAUGUGGCCGUGUUGCAGUGCUUGAUAUGAACUUAUUCUCCUUUUCAUUCUUAAUUGACUCUUCACCUAACCCUAGCACUCCAGUGAUUUCCAUGAUCUGGAAAUCAUUUGUGUAUAAUGGCAAUCAUACUAAAAGUCCAAAAGAUUCGUUGGCUAAGGAUCUUGACAAAGGCGUAGAGAAAUUUAUCUUUGUAUCUACCAAAGAUGCAAAGUUGUAUGUAUUUGAUGGUGAUAAUCAUCGCAUAGUCAAUUCUAAGCCAUUGCAAUUGAAAAGGGACACAACUGCGAUAUCCAUGCAUGUUAUAGAGGGAAGUACUUCCAUAGCCAAGUUGGCUGAAGAAAAGGAUUCUCCACAGUCUCCCAAGGAUGUUGCAGCCAAAAAUGAACCUCCAAGUGAAGUGGAUCAAAUGAAGAUCAAGCAUCAAUCUCAGCCUGAGCGUAUCAGUACAGGAUUGAGUACAAUGGAAUCACUUGUUCUACUGUGUUGCAAGGAUGCACUUUGCUUGUAUCGUCUAAAAUCUGUGGUUCAGGGAAAUGAAAAACCAUUGCAUAAAGUUAAGCUUGAGAAGCCUUGUUGUUAUACUUCAACUUUUAAGAAAGAUGAAAAAACUUGCGGAUUAGUGUUACUUUAUCAAUCUGGAGAAUUAGAAAUCAGAUCCUUGCCAGACCUAGACUUGGUGAAAGCAACCUCAUUAAUGUCUGUAUUAAGGUGGAGUUUCAAGGCGAAUAUGCAGAGGACCAUGUCCUCUACAGAAAAUGGGAAUAUCGCCAUGAUUAAUGGUGCUGAAUUGGCGUUUAUCUCUGUACUGAAUAGUGAUGAUGAAUUCGGGAAUCUGGAAUCUUUGCCUUCUCUUCAUGAUAAAGUGCUUGCAGCUGCACUAGAGGCUGUGAUUAGCAGUUCCCAAAGUCAAAAGAAAAAAUUGGGUCUCCCUGGAGCACUUGUUAAUAUCCUCAAAGGAUUUAGAUCAGGAAAAGCAAAUAAUAAUAUCAGUUUUCAUGAAGAUUUUGCGUCAGGUUUUCGCAAUCUGGAAAGGAUCUUUUCAAAAAAUCCAUUUCCAGAUCCACAUGAAAGCACUAUUAUUGAUCAGGAAGAUGUAGAACUUGAUAUAGAUGACAUUGAAAUUGAUGAACCUGUAACCAUGCCAACCACUUCAUCACAUACAAAACAAAAAGAGGAAGUUGGAAAGAGGACAGACAGGCAAAAAUUAUUUGAUGACGACAAUGCUGAUCCGACACCCCGACUCCGCACACGUGAAGAAAUCAUUGCUAAAUAUAGAAAGGCUGGGGAUGAUGCUUCCUCAGCAGCAGGACAAGCAAGAAACAAGCUUUUGGAGCGCCAGGAAAAGCUUGAGAAAAUCAGCAAGAGGACUCAAGAUCUAAGUAAUGAAGCUGAGGACUUUGCAUCCUUGGCAAACGAGCUCGUAAAGGCCAUGGAACGUAGAAAAUGGUGGCAAAUAUGAUUAAAGUUUGUUGUAUCUCCGUUUCCAGAGAAUAUUUAAUUCAAAGCGUAUGACAUCCAUUUGCGAAUAUGAGAUAUCACAUGCCCUCCAGUUUUCUUUCACAUUACGAGUAAUUCUGGACAAGUUCAAUUAAGCUUGUUUCAAGUAUAAACAUGUACUAUACAAAGUUAAUCUGACGAAUGUAAGUGCGAAAAGGUGUUUGUAGUGUAGAAAACAGAGGUUGGGGUGUAUAUUACUAUUGUGAUAGUUUCAAGUGCACUGCUACUAACUUCUUGUAUAUUUUAAGUUUUGAGUAAUUGGAAAAUAGAGUUAUCACUGAA